AUGCAAGUCAAUGGACCUCCUCCAGCGCCUCCUACUAGCAGCAACCAGUCUUGCAAUGGCAACCAGCCAAGCCCUCCACAACCACAACCGUCUCCAACCACUCCUACCCCUGCCAGCAACACCACGAAGAAACAGCAGCAAAGGCAGAAGAAGUCAACACAGCCACAGCCAAAGCAACAGCCAAAGCAACAGCCAAAGCAACAGCAACAGCCAAAGCAACUGCCAACGCAACAGCCAAAGCCACAACCCAAGCAACAGCAACAAGCAACGCAACAGUCUGUCCCCUCUCAACCCAAUACUACUAGCAACCUCAAUGCCUGCCUAGAGAGACGCCGUCACCUGGAAGCACUAGCCAAAGAGCAUCGCCAAUGGGAGCAGCACAGAGCCCAAUCAACUCUUGCCAGGGAUUCCAGGAAGUCUAAAGCACGCACGGCACGCCAGAAACGGCAACCUGAUAGGAAACAAGUCUUAAUCGCUGAAAUUAAGGCACAAUGUGACACCUACUCGCAAAAGAUGAAUGCUAUAGUUGAUCAGGCAUGCCUCCGAGCACAGCAGCGAACACAGCAACCAGAACAACAACAGAAAUUGGAAGAACAGCAACGACAGCCAACAGCGAGAGCAACAAUUCCAGCAGUGUCUACUACGACUCCAGCAACAGCAACAGCAACAGCAACAGCCACAGGAACACCAGCAAAACCAGCAACGCCCUCAGUUUCCACCAUGGUAUGA